AUGAUGAUGACCACGUAUUGCAUGAGCUAUGUCCUUCCCCAAGAUGGUCUGCAAAGGAGUCUAGGUAGGCAUUAGUGUAUCCAAAAAUGCCUCCUACAUGAAAAAAAAUGUCUUGUAACACUAUCAUGAAAACAGACCGUUCGACAGGUUAUGCAAUUUAAUGCAGAAGUCUAAACUGCAAGGCAUAACUACUUGGCAUAACACAUGGAUGCAUCCAUUUCUCACCAUCAACACGAAGACUAAUAUUUGAAGAACAUUUGACGUCACAUAAACCAGAUCCUAUGCGACGUUGGCUCUGAGCCAGCUCUAUUGUUCUGUUGUUUGAUAAGUACACAGGUGCAGUCGCUCAGGCUUGGCGACAAGGAAGUAGGGUUGGAAAAAAACAAGACACCCUUUAACUGCGUGUAAGAUGUUGCUUUCAUCCGGAUCUGUGCUUCUGUUGCUCGUUCUUUGCGGCUCUACAGUCGGACUAAAUUCGGAGUCAGGCGAUGAGCCACCACAUCGGCCCCGGGCAAAACGAAACCUGAUCCAAUUCGCGAAUAUGAUAGAAACAGUGACCGGACGCAGUGCCUUGCACUACAAUUUCUACGGUUGCUACUGUGGGUGGGGCGGUUCCGGAACACCUGUGGACGGGAUCGACAGGUGCUGCCAAGUCCAUGACUUGUGUUAUGACAAUAAUGCGCCGAAUGCCAAGUGGAUCACGUACGAUUACACUGCUGGGAGGGGAUGGGUGACUUGUGGCGACGAUCUUGACACGAGCGACCGUGCAGCGUGUGAGUGUGACCGAGAAGCGGUGCUCUGCUUCGACAGGCACGAGUACGAGGGAUUUUCCCCCUGUUGCCCCACCGUUCCGUCAAUAGUAUCCCAGUCUGACGAGACGUGUCUGCAGUACGCAAAGGACGGAGACUGUGACUUCUACAAGUGUUUAGAGGAUAAGUACAGGUGUGGAGCGAAGGGCUACCCAAUCGGUUAUGGCUAUCGGUACUGUUCCAGGUUCCGCGCAUACUAUGAUGACUUCAAUGAUGAGGGGAAGGCAUGGAUAGACAAUGUCCGCAAGUGCCGCAUGAAGGCCCUGGUGCCCAUAUACAAGUCUAAGUCGUACAGCUGCGAUGAAGUGAAGACACUGGCCUUCAGGUCCCAUUCGACUUGCUACGUAGAGAGUGGAUUCUGCAAGGUCUUCCCAACGAAUAAACCGAACAAACGUGCACUGAUGAAGGUGUAUCAAAUUUGCGACUUUUUCGGACCGGACAGUGCCUUGCUUAAAGAACAGAUCCUUAUGACCAGUCUCCAGUGCCAGUGUGACUACGGACUGGCUGAUGAGAGACCCCAGGUUGUGGACGCGACCAGCGACUUCUGGACAGAUGUCUUGGAUUUUACUGCCCAACGUUGGCGAGACGAUCCAAAAGAAGCAAUCCAGUCGGAGUGUGAGGCCAAGGCUCUGCAGGGAGACUGUGACUUCUACAACUGUCUGGAGAGGCGCCACCCGUGUGGUUUAAAGGGGUUCGCGUCACGGGAGGGUCGUCCGUUUUGUGAGGAGCUCAAGAGGAAGAAGGGAUUGUUUACCGCACAGGGCCAGGCAUGGGUAACGGACUUCACCAAGUGCCUGACACGUUCUCUGCUCCCGAAGUACAGAGAGGAGUCAAUUUCGUGCAGGCACAUCAACAACUACGGUUACCGGGUACAGGAUACCUGCUUCAUAGACGCUGGAGUCUGUGAAUUGGAAGAAGACAACCAGAACGAGUUCGCUCUCUGGUACACGAUCUCCAAUGUGGUUAGGGACAGUCGGUUCCAGCUGGAGCUGUCCACCAUCCUGUGCCGCUGUCACAAGUAUGAGGGAGGAAAUCGCUACAGACUCAAGUACAGCAACGAGCAUGGCAUUCGCUUAAAACAAAAAGCGCCAGUCGUAGACCAGACGUCUCCUGCAGACUUGCCAUGCACCAAUCAGGGUGGGCAGUGUCAGGACUACGCGGUGAGGACGUGUCUCGCAGGGUACGAGACCAACAAGUGUGGCGGAGACGCUUUGAGGAGAUGCUGCCUUCAGUGUGACUCUUCAUGUCAAGCCAACCACCAGACAUGGUCUGCAGGAGACAAUGAUUGUUCUAACGCGGGAGGUCAGUGUAAGAUGGACAGUAACCUCUGUUACGGUCAGUACCAGACUGGGCUGUGUGGAGGACCCGCUGGAAGGAAGUGCUGUGUCCUAGAUACGACGGCCUCUGCUUGUGUACAGGCCGAAGGAACGGCCCACCGGCGGAAACGCUGUUCUGGUGCGAGUUCUUCAGGAUCAGGUUGGCCAAGCUUUUCUCAGAUGCAAAGCAACUACCCUCUUUAUAGAAGCAUCAGUUGGGAUGGUCUGGUGGACCAAGAGGGUCUUCCUGCCUGGCUGAAAGGAGUAGCGGACAAGAACACCUGUGCCAUGAGGGUCAGCCGUGCGCUCACUCACGCUGUUUUCCAGCGCCCCGGAGUCUGGUAG